UUUGGUGGAAGAAAACGAGAGGUUGCUCCUGCCGCCAAAAUUUCAUACAAGUUCAACGGCAUCGUCGCUGCUCAAACGUCCCCUCCCUUGCUCUCGUUUCCAUGGCGUAUUUCCAUGGAAACGAAACCCUUCGAUCUACUCCGCAUACUCCAACCCACCACUUCCUUCUCCAGGCUGGUCCGCGACUCAAACCUCUGCAGCAAGUGCACGCCCACAUAAUCGUAUCGGGCUCUGGUCGCAGCCGAUCCCUUCUCACAAAGCUUCUGAAUCUAGCUUGCGCCGCUGGCUCCAUUGGCUACACACAUCGAAUCUUUCUCUCUGUUACAAAACCUGACUCAUUCUUAUUCAAUUCCCUUAUCAAAUCCACAUCCAAAUUUCACUUUUCUAUUUAUUCCCUUUACUUGUACAGUUGUAUGCUCCUUUGUAAUAUCUCGCCAUCAAAUUAUACAUUCACGUCUGUAAUAAAAUCCUGUGCUGACAUGUCGUUUCUGAAACUUGGUAAAGUCAUUCAUGGCCACGUCUUGGUUAAUGGGUUUGGCUUGGAUGUUUAUGUGCAGGCUGCUUUGGUCGCUUUUUAUGGGAAGUCUGGUGAUUUGGGCAAUGCGAGGAAGGUGUUUGAUAAAAUGCCGGUCAGAAGUAUUGUGGCGUGGAAUUCAAUGAUUUCAGGAUACGAGCAAAAUGGGUAUGGGAAGAAUGCAAUUACGUUGUUUAAGAAAAUGAGGGAAGCAGGUAUAGAGCCGGAUUCUACCACUUUGGUGAGUUUAUCAUCAGCUUGUGCUCAAUUGGGGGCACUAGGCAUGGGAUGUUGGGUGCAUGAGUACAUCGCUAGGCAUGGUUUGAAUUUGAAUGUCGUGCUUGGUACUUCGUUAAUCAACAUGUAUACGAGGUGUGGUGAUGUAGGGAGAGCAAGGGAAGUUUUUGAUUCAAUGAAUGAAAGAAAUGUUGUUGCUUGGACAGCAAUGAUUUCAGGAUAUGGAAUGAAUGGUUUUGCUCACCAGGCUGUUGAGUUGUUUGAUGAAAUGAGAAGGAGAGGUCCAUGUCCCAAUAGCAUUACAUUUGUUGCUGCUUUGUCUGCAUGUGCUCAUGCAGGGCUGGUGAAAGAAGGUCGCCGGGUGUUUGCAAGCAUGAGAGAAGAGUAUCACUUGAUGCCAGGCGUGGAGCAUCAUGUCUGUUUGGUAGAUAUGCUUGGGCGUGCUGGACUCCUUGAUGAAGCAUAUAGCUUUAUCAAUGAAGAAGUUCCUAAAGAGCCAGCAGCAGCUAUCUGGACAGCCAUGCUUGGGGCUUGCAAGAUGCAUAAGAAUCUAGAUCUUGGCGUGCAAGUUGCUGAGCAGCUAUUAAAUGUUGAACCUGAAAAUCCAGGUCACUAUGUCAUGCUAUCUAAUAUAUAUGCUUUGGCAGGACGAAUGGAUCGAGUAGAAAUGGUUAGAAACAUUAUGAUAAAAAAAAGUUUGAAGAAGCAAGUUGGUUAUAGCACAAUAGAAAUUGAUAAUAAGACUUAUUUCUUUAGCAUGGGUGACAAGUCUCACCCCGAGACAAAUGAAAUUUAUCGAUAUUUAGAUGAACUGAUGUCACGGUGUAGAGAAGCAGGUUAUGCAGCAGUACCUGAAUCAGUGUUGCAUGAAUUGGAAGAGGAGGAAAGAGAAUUUGCACUUAGGUACCACAGUGAAAAGCUUGCAAUAGCAUUUGGUCUUUUGAAAAUAAGGCAUGAAGCUCCUAUCAGGAUCAUAAAGAACCUUCGAAUGUGCGAGGACUGCCAUUGGGCAAUUAAGUAUAUUUCAGUUGUUGGUAAUAGAGAAAUUAUUGUCCGGGAUAAGCUUCGUUUCCACCACUUCAAGGAUGGUUCAUGUUCAUGUCAAGACUAUUGGUGAUGGGCACCAUACGUUAUCUAGCAUUUGUUUAUGUUGGUGCCGCAUUAGGUUUUUUGGACAGAGAAAAAAAAAUACAUUCAAAUACAACAACAAUUGAUCAACAUAUGGCACUAUGAUGUUCGUGCCUCUUUUGGAUAAUAAAAAAGUGCUUCUGAGUCAUUAUAUUUCAAACAAAAGAAGCUUGAAAUGUAUGGAAGCAGAGUACAGUUUUGUUUGCACAACCUCAAUUUUGGUUAUGCAGUUGUUGCAAGAAAUGGAUCAUGGAUGAGGUUGGCUGUUAUGUGAUGACAUGAUAUGUACUUUUAUAACACUCGAAAGCAAGAAUUGUUCCCUUUCCGAAUGAAUAUACAUACUGGUUGUCCACAGGACAGAGGAAAUGGGCUAUAUUAUCAUGUAAUUAAGGAAAAUUAAUCAUGGUUUUUCAAUUCCAUGUUGUAAUGCUCGUGAGUGAAGUUCUGGAACUUAAUGACUUAUCAUGAGAUUGCCUUCCAGUUAACCUGAUUAUUGGAGUCCUGGAGAUCUGGGAACAGGUCCUUUUGCCAUUGGUGCUAAAAUUUACAGCUGGCUCCUAGAUCUUCGACUAUGACUUGAAAGCAAGAGUUGAGCUUUGACGCUGCUUGCUUGCUACUACAAUUUGAUGGCUCCCCCUAAGUUAAAAGCUACAGUGAACAGGCCUGAGCCAACUCUUCUUGCUUUGGAAGAGAGCAUUUUCGUUUGAUUCUCUUCAUCCAUGCAUAUUACUGUUGGAGGUGUCAGCGGAUCCAGAGGUUAGUUGGAGUAACUCCUUCCUUGGCUACGAUGCGAUCUUGCGACAUUGUCUUUGCAAUAAACGUGGUUUCUCUUUUGAUUUAAGUACCCGAUUCACUAGGGUUGAAUUGAGUUUUUUAUUUAGAUUGGGUUUUGGAGUUUUUACUUUUAAUCCUCUGGAAUCCUGUUGCAAUUAGGCCUCUAGGCCUAUUGGUAC